CGUCGGCGCAGGCGCGGUGUCCGCGUCGCCGUCGCUGAGCUACGUUACGGGCUCCGCUUCGCCUUCUCCGCACUUGAGUCGGCCGCCCCGCGGUCCUGCGGCUUUUCCUCCUGCCGCUGCGGGCCGCGGGGCCACGGCCAUGUCCCGAAAGCAGGCGGCGAAGAGCCGGCCUGGCAGCGGCAGCCGGAAAGCCGAGGCCGAGCGCAAGCGGGACGAGCGGGCGGCGCGCCGGGCCCUGGCCAAGGAGCGGAGGAACCGGCCGGAGUCCGGUGGCGGCGGCGGCUGCGAGGAGGAGUUCGUGAGCUUCGCUAACCAGCUGCAGGCCCUGGGGCUGAAGCUGCGGGAGGUGCCGGGGGACGGCAAUUGCCUGUUCAGAGCUCUGGGCGAUCAGUUGGAGGGCCACUCCCGGAAUCAUCUCAAGCACCGACAGGAGACGGUGGACUACAUGCUACAGCAGCGGGAAGACUUUGAACCCUUUGUAGAAGAUGACAUUCCCUUUGAGAAACAUGUGGCCAAUUUGGCAAAGCCUGGUACAUUUGCUGGCAAUGAUGCAAUUGUAGCCUUUGCAAGAAAUCAUCAAUUGAAUGUGGUGAUUCAUCAACUUAAUGCCCCUUUGUGGCAGAUUCGUGGCACAGGGAAAAGCACUGGGCGGGAGUUACACAUCGCUUAUCGGUACGGAGAGCACUAUGACAGCGUGCGGAGGAUCAAUGAUAACUCCGAAGCCCCCGCCCAUCUCCAGACUGACUUUCAGAUGCUUCAUCAAGAUGAACCAAAUAAAAGAGAAAAGAGCAAGACUAAGGGAGCGGACCUAGAAGAUGACCUGGGAGAUGAGGUGGAAGAUGCCGUCCAGAAAGUUUGCAAUGCCACUGGCUGUUCAGAUUUUAAUUUGAUAGUCCAGAACCUGGAAGCUGAAAAUUAUAAUAUUGAAUCUGCAAUAAUUGCCAUGCUUCAGAUGAACCAGGGGAAAAGAAAUAAUGCAGAGGAGAACCUUGAGUCCAGUGGCCGAGUGCCCGAGCAGAGUGGUCCUUUACGGGAGGAGGGUGGCAGUGGCACCAGAAUCUUUGGAAAUCAGGGCUUAAAUGAAAGCAGGACUGAAAACAAUAAGGCGCGGGCCAGCCCUAGUGAAGAAAACAAAGCAAAUAAAAACCAGCUCCCAAAGGUCACAAACAAACAGAGGCGAGAGCAGCAGCGCCUGGAGAAGAAGAAGCGACAGGAGGAGAGGCACCGUCACAAAGCCCUGGGGAGCAGGAGUAGCCACAAGGAGAACAACAGAAGCGAAGCAGAUGGGAAUGUGCAGGUCACCUUGGUGAAGACCUUCGCUGCCCUCAGUAUCUGACUCUGGCCGGCUGCGCGUUGUGAGAAGUGAGGAGAAGAUGGAGGGCUACGUACGGCUUUCCCAGGAGGCCGUCCUUACGAAACACGGCCCGCAGAAUCCGCACACGAGCUCGCACACUCAGUGUCCUUCAGGCUGUCUCCUUGUUGUUCAGAGUUUGGUGGGUGUUUUAUUUUGUGAAAGUGCAGUGAAGCCAUUCAUGUUCCAUAAUUAAAAUACUGAGUUCUAGGAGUGGAUAGGUACACCAGGAAAAA